UUUAAAACCGCGAUCACCACUGAACAUGAACAGAACACGACUGUUCCAAGUGUGAAGAGAGUUUUAUUUAAUCGAAUUAAUUGCAUCAAAGGUGCAAAUGAAGCCACGGAUUUCCUUUCUGCCGAAUACUUUGCGACCGGCUGAUUUCUUCAUUUACGUAAUGUGCGUGUACUGACUGCAAACCGCAGUACCUCCCCUCCUGGCCCCGAUGCAUCCCUCCCGUUUCAGAGCUGAAGAGGAGUGUUCUCCGAUUUUGAUCAGGCUGGCAGGAAGGAAGAGAAGUGACGCGCAUCCUCCUGCAGUCCGCUUUUGGGCCCCGAGGUGCGCCGCUUCGCGCUUGUGAUUUGAUGUGCAGUCCGCUAGCCCAACAGGUGAGCCUCUCACGUCGGCCGGGGUCACGUGACGCGCCGUUUAACGUUGCUUCUACGGAGUUCGACGUUCCAAGGAAAAAAAAAAGAUUUUUCAUUCGUAUGAGGAGAGCAGCUGAAUUUUGAUUUCCACGGACGUAUUUAGUACCGAAUCUUCUAUCGCUUGAUAUGUGAUCCUGCAAGAUUUACAAUAGAUAAAGGGAGGCGGAUACCAGCAGGCACCCCUUCAUUUCUCUGAUAUUUAACCAACUUCCGGGCUGCAAUGAUGCUCUCCAAGGCAAAUCCAUUUUUGAGAGACCUUCCGAUGAUUUCUGAAAUUUCUCUGUGAUCCUGCUGCUUUCCCACUGAUAUGAAACGACUGAUGGCGGACAAAUUGGACUUAACUUUUCUCAAGGAACUCGAAAGGGAAAAGGUGCUGGACGUCCUGUACAGGGAUAAAGUCCUGCGUACGGUGGAGGAGGAAAGGAUAAGGAAAUUAAGGUCCGAGCUGCAAGAAAUCCGACGGAAGGGCGCAAAAAGUUUCACUCGUCACUACAGCGAAAGGACAUGCGCCCGCUGCCAAAGACCUCUCGGGAAGCUGCUGAACAGUGGAGCCGUGUGCAAAGGGUGCAGCCAUCGCAUUUGUACCAAGUGCCGUAUUGUCCUGUCUCCAAGGGUGUGGAAAUGCACAGCCUGUUACAUGCUUGGUCAAGUAAAAGUCAAAUCUGGAGAUUGGUUCUUGGAGGAAAGAUCUAAGAAAUUCCCACAAGAAGGUGAUGCAGAAUCCAUCGGAGAAAAGCUGUUAAAGUCAUGUCCCAGAAUUAGUAAAAUCUCCAUCGUCCCUCCUACUCCACCACCAUUUCUUGAUGAAUCUGCAAGGAGCAGCAUGGGGGACUUGGCAUAUCCCAAAGGCUUUACUAAAUCCAUGGAGAACCUGUUUGUUUCACUUACAACAAACAUAAGAAAAAUGUCCAAAUCUCAGGAUGACAUGCGGGCCGAUCGAACACAUCUAACGGCCGAUUAUCGAAGUCCAAGGAAAGACAGGAGGAGUAAAUCGGACACGGCCAUCAACAGCGCGGCAACGCUAUCGAAAGCACCGAGCCUUCCCAACCUGAGUAAAGGAGGAAGAGGAGAGAAUGUCGGUAAAGACAAUCGGCUCGAGGUAUCUUUUAAGCCGGUCAGCAAGGCUCGGUCUGCGACAACACUAUGCAGCAGCAGAGAAAACCGAGGCAGCACAUGCAGUCUUAGCAGCAGUGAAGCGGGCUGCUUUGAGGAUUCUGCUAUCACGGGAGAAAUUGAGUUUUCAUUGUCCUACAAUUUCAAGUCGUCUUGUCUAGAAAUUGACAUCAAAGCCUGCAAAAACCUAGCGAACAUGGGGGAAAAGAAAAGAAAGUGCAACCCCUAUAUAAAAAUAUAUUUACUACCAGACAAGUCCCCUCAGAGUAAACUGAAGACCACCAUAAAGAAGAACACAGUAGACCCAGUUUUUAAUGAAACGUUAAGGUACAAUAUAAGUCAUUCUCAGUUGGAGACAAGGAUGCUGCAGGUCUCUGUAUGGCACAGCGGGACUCUCAAACGCAAAGUGUUCCUAGGAAGUGUUGAGAUUCCUUUGGAGUCCUGGAAAUUUGAAGAUAAUUCAACGCAGACAUUUAAAUGGUACCAGCUUAAUGCCAAGGAUAGUAGGAGUGAAAACUGGCUGCCACUCCAGUACAAUGGGGAACUCCUCGUCAAGACAAUGUUUGAACUUCCUGCAAAUAACGGCAGACGCCAGUGGGAAAUGUAUGCCAAUGAUGAUCUUGACGAAAAAAUGGAUGAUGUUGGCCAGCUAAGCGUUUUCAUUAUUGGCGCCAAAAACCUUCCAUCGACCAGGACGGAUGGCACUUUAAAUUCAUUUGUCAAAGGAAGCCUGGUUACACCAGAUAUGCAGGAGCGGAAACUGAAAACCCAAGUCUUGAAAAGGGUGACCGAUCCCCAGUGGAAGCACCAGUUUGUCUUUAAAGGGAUUUCCCUUGGCGAGCUUCACGAGUCCAACUUGGACCUCACCGUGUGGGACCAGGCGGCAUUGGGCCUGUCCGACCGUUUCCUGGGAGGUGUUCGUCUGGAAAAAGGUACGCUUUUAAGAGGGCCUAUAAAUCAAACGGAAGCUGCUCAUCGUGAAGCGUGGGAGGCCAUACUGAAAAGACCAAAUGAAUGGAAUACGAUCAAUCUUACACUCCAGUCAAACCCAGCCCUUGUGAGAGCUUAACAUUUGCUGCCUUUGACGGGACUACUUGGCUCGAUAUCACGUUUGUGUGUUUUAGGAGUGUUGGUAAGUGAAAGAAAGAAACUCAGAACAUCCAACCUUUUACAAAACAACUGCCAUCCGAUUCCAGGGCUCAAAAGAGACUGGAAUGAAGCUCAACAGAAAGAUGAUAGUUGGGUUCUGUCCAUAAGGAGACUAUCGAGCAAGUUUAAAAACCCUGCAGUUCUGGUUCAUUGUGAGGAACCUACAGUAGAAUCUGAACAGAACAUCCAGAUGAGUGUUUCGAGUACACUGGGAUUUCAAAACCUCUUAGAAGCCCAAGGUUCUGUCCUAAAGGAGACUUGAACCCAUCAGAGGAAAUGUAUAAACUCUGGGCAGUUCUGGCACUUUGAGAUUCUCAACAGAAAAUCUACACGACCUUUCAGAGUACACUGGAAUCUCAGAUCCUCUGGGAAGCCCAAGAUUCUGUUCUAGAUGGACUCUUGCCCAUUAAUUUAAUCCUAAAGUUCUGGGUAAGCGAAAGGAACCGAGAAUCUCAACAGAAAAUCCACAUGGAGUACCCCAGAAUUGCGAAUCUCCCGGGGAGCCUAAGGUAACAAGGCUACGGUGAACAACCACACCAACAUUUAUGCACAAAAUGUGACUAAGAUAGUCAAAGACACGACAAAUAUAACACAGAGAAAGGACUGAAGAUGAAAUCUUAACUUGUCAUUUUAAAGCUAUUGUUUAUACUAAUUAAAAUAUCACUGAAAAUAUGUAACACUGGCACCUUGCUACUUAUGAGUUUUGGAUUUCAGUUGCUUCCAUUAAUAAAGGUCUAUCACUGCUAGGUUUA